CGGCAACCCCAACUGUAUUUUCUUUGCCAGUGAGGGGGUACUUUUGAACGGAGCGGAUACAUAUGUACUUGUGGCUUACACUGCGGCUUUUGUGGCUUACACAAUGCUCCGUGAAGUACACGCUGAUAAAAAAAAUCCACCCGUUUUGUGAACUGCUUGCUCAACCUGAACGGUGCAAAACACUACGCACCAGCCUCCAUACACACCGUACAAAUAGCAGCUAACACAGCGCCUCAAAGUAAAGGCGGAAACGAAAUGUAAUACACUUCACUUCUGACUACAGUCGAACCAUUUUGCGGAAUCACACCUUGAAUAGUUGUCACACCUUCAGCUACGAUGACCCACGCAAGGCUACUUUUGCGUUCCCGUUCAGCUGUGUUGUUGACACUUUUGUACCUGGCUGUCUUCUUCAGCGACUUCCAACAUGCAGCAGCAGUCAAGCUGGACAGAACGAGCAGCUGCUGGGAGACUAGCAAUAGUCGUUUUUUGGAUGCCACAAGUGACACCAGUGCCCCGUCUGGCCAGCCAGCCUACCGUAUCCUCAAUAAGAUUGAUGAGAGCGUCUACAUCGGGGGCAAUGAAACACUCAUAAGGGUUUUCCUUGCAAACAACGAAGUGGCAAUGGAGAAGAUUGAUACGCUGGCAACAAGGGAACCCCAAGGCCUUGUCAUAAAUUGUGCAACGAAAAAUCCAACCACUCAAGAGAUUGUCUGUAGGAACUUCAUACGUAUUGCAGAACAAACUAGUUCCGGUGAUCUCCUGGUGUGUGGCACUAAUGCAGAAAGUAGGCUGUGUUACCGGUGCCCAAACGCCGCUCUAGCUGAGUGCACUCAAUUAACUACAAAUUAUACGGCACUGGAUGUGGUUCCUCAACAAUACAAUAUUAAUGCAGCGGCAGCUAUAUUCAAAAGUGGCAAUGAAGAUAUGCUCUACGGUGGGGGUGCAGCAGAAAACACCUUCAGCAGAUUUUCUGUAAACGCAGAUUUAAGCGCCACUAAGCCCAUCAAUUUUGAGCUAGAUACAGUCACUGUCGGAGAAGGGUUUAUCAAGGAACCAACCUUUAUAGGGAGACCCUUUGAUUACACACACGCUGACGGUAACGAGUACGUGUUCCUGAUCUACCGUGAAACUGCACUGGAAUACACCGCUGGAACCAAAGUGUACUCACGCAUAGCCAGAGUGUGCAAGAAUGACACAGGAGGCACCGUCAACACGAAGAAGUUUGUCACCUUCAUCAAGGCUAGUUUGGAAUGCUCCGUACCUAACGGCGAUGAGCCAGCAUUUGAGUAUAAUUACAUUCAGGAUGUUGUCUGGGAUGCCAAUAAUCAGAGCGUGUAUGCAGCAUUUACCAAUCAAGAUAAUGGACCCGUGUCGUCAGCCCUUUGCCAGUACAGGAUGGAGGAUAUCAUGAAUCUGUUCGAUAACGGUAAUUUCCUGCAACAGACUGGUGGCAGUGUCAACGCUGUGUGGAGUGAAGUGACUACGCAACUGAUCCCAAGGCCUGGGACGUGUUAUGAAGUACACACUACUGACUAUCCUCCACUGCUGGAUAAGUCGGUGCCCAGCUAUAAUGCCAAGGAACGAACUGGGGGAACUCAAGUUGCACCACCAUCCGAUUUUCACAAAUCAGAUCCGCCCAUACUUAACGUGGACGAUGUUCGCUUCACCAGCCUCGCUGUCGAUUUGCAAUAUUCUUCUCCAGUCUACUUUGUUGGAACAAGUGCUGGAAGUGUGAUCAAAUUUACGACAGACGUAUGCGACGGAGAUAACAUGAUAAAAAGUGUUGAACUUGCAGGAUUCAAUGCCAACGGUCCCAUAAAUGGGCUGGAAUUGUUGAGGAGUGCGGAUUCUGCUGCCACUUUCCUGGUGGGCACAUCCGAUGUCCAAGCCUCCAUUGAAUGGCCCUUGAACACCAAAUGCCAAUCAGCAGAAAAUGAAUUGCAGUGUGCGCUCAGGUACCCUUACUGUAACUACACUGAAGCCGGAUGCGGAUGUACUGCAAAUAACUGCAUCAAUGACCCGCCUACAGAUUUUGCUGAUGAUGUACUGACAGUGUUGCCAAACUCAAACGUAUCGGCCUGCCUGAACGACACCGUGCGCUGGUUUUGCCAUGUAGACCGUGACAACCCACUUGUCAAAUCUGCUGAAGGAGUCACUUUUAAAUGGGAUAUAAUGGUAAGUGACCUGAUCAAGACAACGAACAUAUCAACUAAUGAACUGGUUCAAUUGGACGUCAUUGUACAGAACAGCACCCUAGGAAGCUACAGCUGCACGGCGGAUGUUGGAGGCAGAGUGGUGACUAAACAAGUUGAAAUCUCUAUGAAAAUGAACUGUUUGACAUAUGCUAACCUCUACGCCCGAUACCAAGAUUAUUGGUUUCAUAAAUCACAGAGUGAGAUACUGCACAUGAAGUAUGGCAACGGAACAGAACCUUCCGAGCCAUGCCAGCCUUGCACCACAUGUGAGUGAAUUUGCCAAGCUCUAGUCAAGCUGCACAAAACAAAACUCUGUCGACUUAACAUGUACAGCAUCACUAUCUUCAAAGUCACCACGAUACCUUUUUCUUCAAUACAUUUAUACAUGUAUAUGUAGAUCUGAAAGUUGUUUUUUGAGUGGUCGGGCACAACCCGGCCACUUUUUAGAAUUGUUUUGAUAAAUUUUCUUUGUUUCUUUCUCUUCUUUGUUUACUGACAAUAAUUCCCCGCGGGUUUUCACCUAAACGGUAUAUGGUAUGACCUGAAAACUUUCAACAUAAUUAUAUUGGCCCUCAUCCCUAGUGGUGCAUAUUACUCUGACGUCAUGAUGACGUCAUCGGGUGUGAAAUUACAAGCACUUAAAAAUUUCUAGAUUUCAUCUUUGAAAAUCAAAGUAAUUAUCAACCGUGAAAGAUCUGAACAUGACUUUUGCGGGACUAGAAAAAUCCAUGAUCUUUUUUAUUUUAUCUCAUGUGCGCCAAAUCACGUGACUCUUCCUUCCGGUCCAAACCGGAAGUGCCCUGUAAUUUGAAAGUGGAAAAAGAUAUGAACUUGCUUUUAACAAUGUUAGUCUCUAGUUAGGUUCUAUAUACUUUUUAAAAAAAAUACCGAUGACGUCAUUAAUGUUAGAGCACCCUCUAGCGGCAGGUUGAACAAUGUUUUAAAUGAAUUUUCAGUUCAUGUCUGUUGCGAAGUUUGCGGUAAUCGCUUCAAAAUGAUUAUACAUUAUACAUGAUGACCAUUAUGCAAACAAGACGUGUACGAAAAACAAAUUAUGACGUCAUCAAACCGAAACGUCACGAUGACGUCAUCAAGUAUCAGAUUACAAGCAACAAAACAUUUCUAGAUUUAAUCUUUGAAAAUCAAUAUAAAAUCAACUGUGAGAAAUCUGAUUUUGCUUUUUCACGGGAAUAGAUAAAAUAAUCCAGUUUCUUCAUUUUUGAUAUUAAGUGCGAAUUCACGUGAGUCUUCCUUCUGGUCCAAACCGGAAGUGCUUUAUAAUUUCAAAUUGGGAAAAUAUUUGAACUUGCUUUCAGCGAUGUUAUUCUAUGUUUUGGUUGUACUUUAGAAAAAAAUACCGCAGACGUCAUAAAAUGUUACUGCGCCUUCUAACAACAGGUUGAAAAAUGCUUUUAAUUGAAUUUUUAGUUGAUUAUUGGAGCAAUGUUUAUAACAUAAUGAAAUAGAUACGAGCACUCUGCGUUUGUAACUCAACAAACGCCAAUUUAUCUUUUUUUUAUUUUUAAAUUUAAUAUAAAAAAAAACGCUCAGACUAAAUCAGAAUUGCAGACAGGGAUCAGCUUUAGGAUCUGCCAUGCACAGCAAUUUGCUAACCGCAGAAAACAUUUGAUUACCAAAAACAUACGAAAUUGGUACAAAUAACUUGCAACUUGUCCUCCGCUAAUUUUUGCUUGAGUGAGUACCAUUGAAUUGGGUUUGUAUGUUUCUGUUUUUAAUUGGAAAGUCUAAAGAAUUGGAAAUUCUGGCAACAGCCGCGUGUACCAUUUAUAUAAAGAAAUUGAAUAAAAGUACUCAGUCAAUUGUUCAGCAAAAAAAUAUAUAUAACAUUGAUUACAUCGAGUUUGGUAAAUUUGAUUUUGAUUUGAUUUAUUUGAUCUUAAUAGCUUUAACAUUCAUUUUGUACAGCUUAUUAACCACUUCUUAUAUACUUCAAUGCAUGCAACUUUUUUUGUUUAUCAAAAAACUUGCCAUGUAGCUUUUAAUUUCUUUGAGUUAUUAUUGAAUGUGUCGCCACUUGAUGACCAAAGGGUUAAAGACAAGUAAAAGGAACCGUUUACUUUUGGGUACCUUUCAACUUAUUACACAAAAAGGAGUGUGACUUUUUUGCCAUGACCGUUGCUUUCAUUCGGAUUUUAUUUUUCACGUUUUAUUUGUUCGACAAAUUCGCAUGUAAAUAUACUCCUUAAUGCGAUACAUCAUGAAGAAUUAUUGGACGGAAUUUCAAUUCAACACAUUAAAUAAAUCGUGACUUUUCAACCGAACCCUCGAGUUUUUUUGUCAUGCACGAUGACAUUCAUUCGGAAUGUGUUUGCCAUGUUUAACACAUCAAUUUUUAAGUUGCCUCGCUCACAUUAUUUGAACUGUUUUGUAAAUUGUCAUAAAACUAAAUUUUCGAAUGUAAAACACUAAUAGACCACUGUCACUUUUUUGUUGCCCACAAAUUAGAUAAUUGACAGAAAAGGAAGAACUUUAGGAGGAAAUUCAAGCAAAUGUGAAGAUUACAUAUCUUGCACCUGGGUUUACACUUCAUGCUUCACUGAAAAGAGAUAUUAUUUCUUCAAGGAGUAACUGAAGUUUCUUUAGAAAUAACUAUUAUCCCGAAAGAGUGCCUGUUACAUUUGAUUAAGUUGAAGUGUAAGUUUUGAAUUUUGUUCAUAUAAAUCUCCAGUUUCGUACAACGAUUAAAGAACAUUGAAGUUGAAGGCAAUUUGUCGACUUUGACAUUGA